CCUGGAAUUACUUGAAGCUAUCAAAAAAAACCUAAGUCUUUACCAAUAAUUAAAAUUCAAGGGGUUAACGAAAGGAAAGGAUGGAGAAAGCCUGCGCCCGGAAGUCUCGGGGGCGGAGUCAUGACGUACUUCCGGCCUGUAGCUGGCGGUCCCGGUUGCCGGUCUGUGUGUGGUGAGGGAGCGUGUUAACCGCCAGCCUGAGCCUGGGAGACCCCCGGGGCCGUAGUAAGCAUUGACAAUGUCUUUCAUCUUUGAGUGGAUCUACAGUGGCUUCAGCAGUGUGCUCCAGUUCCUAGGACUCUACAAGAAAUCUGGAAAACUUGUAUUCUUGGGUUUGGACAAUGCGGGCAAAACCACUCUUCUUCACAUGCUCAAAGAUGGCCGACUGGGCCAGCACGUUCCAACGCUGCGUCCGACGUCAGAAGAGCUGACAGUUGCCGGAAUGACUUUUACAACUUUUGAUCUUGGUGGGCAUGAGCAAGCACCUCGGGUUUGGAAAACUUAUCUCCCAGCAGUUAAUGGGAUUGUCUUUCUGGUGGACUGUGCAGAUCGUUCCCGCCUCGUAGAAUCCAAAGUUGAGCUUGAUGCGUUAAUGACUGAUGAAACAAUAUCCAAUGUGCCAAUCCUUAUCUUGGGGAACAAAAUUGACAGAACAGAUGCAGUCAGUGAAGAAAACCUCCACGAGGUAUUUGGGCUUUACGGACAGACGACAGGAAAGGGGAACGUGCCCCUGAAGGAGCUGAAUGCCCGCCCCAUGGAAGUGUUCAUGUGCAGUGUGCUCAAGAGGCAAGGCUACGGCGCGGGUGUCCGCUGGCUCUCCCAGUACACUGACUGAUAUUUGGACAGUGAAAAUAAAAGAGCUUUGCUUCUCUGGUCUGAUCCUAUUCACAGCUUUCUCGUGAACUUUUCUAAUAGAACAAGGAAAG